AUGGGUUGGAAUUCAUUUUUGAGCCGAACAAUAUCAAAUGAUGCCGAAGUGUUGAAUGAAAUGACCAAUAUUCCAGAAUCAAAAUUUGUAGUUAUCCGAAAUAUUAAUGGAGCCAUAGGUGGCCUUGUAUCAAUGAUGAGUUAUACUACAAAUAAAGCCUAUUGUACGGCAGUUCAAAUCGAUCAGUCCAUUGGUGAUAAAUACAUUAGCAUCAAACCAACUGAUGAUCCACAAUGUUUCCAAAUUGUCAACAUUCAGGAUGUAGCUGAGGAUGUAAGUCUACAGCCAGUAUUUAUACAGGUGCAUCAUAAUCCUAGUGGACGUUUACCAUUACAGCAUCUAAUUGAUCAAGCUGCUGAAAGGACGCUGGGACGAUUGAAUCUAGAUUUGAGAAAAAAUAUUACCGUUGAUCUGACUGAUAACGAUGAUAUGAAUGUUUGGAGGGAUAAGGCUGGUUUCGUUGUCAGAGAUAACAUGCAAUUCUGUGAGCUCACUGUCAAUAAAAUUGAAUUUGAAAAAACUCUCGAGACAGUGGAAAAUAUCAAAAUUUCCGAAUUUAAUAGCUCACAAAUGCUAAAACUCGUCAAAUUUGAUAAGACAGUGAGCAGUGCGGAUCGUAGCAGAUUUCUGGAAUAUCUCAUUAAAAACGCAAAUAUAUUGAUUGCCGAAAACGAAGAAACAUCCGCAAUGAAUGGUUACGGUGUCUUCCGGGAGGGCCAUAUUCUUGCUGUAUACGCAAAUACCAAGAAGACUGCUCAUGCUAUCGUACAGAAGAUACUCCAAACAAUGAAUCAUGAUGAGAUUACGUUAUAUACGAUACGGAACCGUUGGACCAUUGAGCAAAUGCCAAAUACCCGCUGCAAACAGAUCAUCCGUCUUCAUACACGUGCACUAGUGACAGGUAUUAUGUGGAAUCGAAUAUUUAUUUUAAACGCAGGCAUGAACUUGAUCUGA